AUGGAUUACGGUGGCCGAGGAGGUGGAUCGUCAAGCGGCGACCACCACGAUGACUCUGACCCUCACCGGAGGAAGAAACGUCACCACCGCCACACUGCUCACCAGAUUCAGAGACUUGAAGCAAUGUUCAAAGAGUGUCCUCACCCAGAUGAGAAGAUGAGAUUGCAGUUAAGCAGAGAGUUGAGUUUGGCUCCUCGCCAGAUUAAGUUUUGGUUUCAGAACAGGAGGACCCAAAUGAAGGCACAACAUGAACGAGCCAAUAACUGUGCAUUUCGGGCAGAGAAUGAUAAGAUUCGAUGUGAGAACAUAGCAAUCAGAGAGGCAUUGAGGAAUAUAAUCUGUCCGUCCUGUGGAGGUCCUCCGGUUGAAGAAGAUCCUUAUUUCAAUGAGCAAAAAUUACAAAUGGAAAAUGCACAAUUGAAAGAAGAGCUUGAUAGAGUGUCUAGUAUUGCUGCCAAGUACAUAGGGUGGCCUAUUUCACACCCCCCUCCAGUAAUGCCUGUUCAUAAUAUAUCAUCUAUGAAUUUAUCCAUGGCUAGUUUUGGACCAGGCCAUGGUAUUACUGGUCCUUCUAUUGAUCUUGAUCUUCUUCCUGGGAGCUCGCCGACUAUUCCAACCUUACCAUUCCCAUCAAUGAGCAUUACCGACAUGGAUAAAUCUCUCAUGGCGGAUAUUGCAGGCAAUGCAAUGGAUGAAUUGAUCAAACUUUUGCAGACUAAUGAACCUUUGUGGAUGAAAUCGACUACUGAUAGGAGGGAUGUUCUUGAUCAUGAAAGUUAUGAGAGAAUGUUCCCAAAAGCCAACAAGCAUUUGAAAAAUCCCAACGUGAGGAUUGAAGCGUCUAGAGAUUCAGGUGUUGUUAUAAUGAAUUGUUUGGCUUUGAUCGACAUGUUUAUGGACACGAACAAAGUUGUGGAGCUAUUUCCUACUAUUGUCUCAAGGGCAAGAAUAGUUGAUGUUAUAUCAUCUGGAAUGUUGGGUAGCCAUAGUGGUACCUUGCAACUGAUGUAUGAAGAGUUGCAGGUGCUUUCGCCAUUGGUACCAACUAGACAAUUCUAUUUCCUUCGAUUUUGUCAGCAAAUUGAGCAAGACUCUUGGGCAAUUGUUGAUGUUUCUUAUGAUGAUCUUCCCCAAGAUAGCCAAUUUGCUUCUCCAUGUAGAGCUCACAGGCUGCCUUCUGGAUGUUUGAUUCAAGACAUGCCCAAUGGAUACUCCAAGGUUACUUGGGUGGAACACUGGGAAAUUGAAGAAAAAGCUCCAAUUCAUAGGUUUUACAGAGAUCUUAUUCACAGUGGAUUGGCAUUUGGAGCUGAAAGAUGGCUUGCUACUCUCCAAAGGAUGUGUGAAAGAUUUGCUUGUUUGAUGGUGACCAACACUUCAACUCGUGAUCUUGGAGGAGUAAUUCCGUCACUUGAAAGCAAGAGAAGCAUGAUGAAACUUGCUCAGAGGAUGGUAAACAACUUCUGUGCUAGCAUCAAUCCAUCUAAUGGCCACCAAUGGACCACUCUUUCGGGGUCAAACGAGUUCGAAGUCCGAGCCACCCUUCACAGGAGCACCGAUCCCGGCCAGUCCAGUGGUGUAGUUCUUAGUGCAGCCACCACUAUUUGGCUCCCAAUUCCUCCACAGAAUGUCUUCAAUUUCUUCAGGGAUGAAAGAACUCGGCCUCAGUGGGAUGUUCUUUCCAAUCAAAACCAAGUUCAAGAAGUUGCCCACAUUGCAAAUGGUUCUAAUCCAGGGAACUGUAUAUCUGUUCUAAGGGCUUUCAACACUAGCCAGAACAACAUGUUAAUUCUCCAAGAAAGCUGUACAGAUUCAUCAGGCUCACUUGUGGUGUACUGCCCAAUUGACCUACCAGCAAUCAACAUAGCCAUGAGUGGUGAGGACCCUUCAUACAUACCACUGUUUUCAUCAGGUUUCACCAUCUCACCCGAUGGUCGGCUUGCCGGAGACGGUGCUUCCACGAGUUCUAGCACCGCCGUAGAUGGGGGUGGUGGUAGGUCAGGUGGUUCACUUAUUACAGUGGUGUUUCAAAUACUGGUGAACAGCUUGCCGUCAGCUAAAAUGAGCUCGGAGUCAUUUACGACUGUUAAUAACCUUAUCUCCAACACUGUCCAGCAAAUUAAAGCAGCCUUGAAUUGCUCUAUCUCCUGAGUCCUGAUCAUCAUCUUCUUCUCUGAUAACUGCCCCACAACUCUCUCUCUCUCUCUCUCUCUUGACCAUCUUUAAUACACGUACAUAUCAGAAAAGUGCAGACCUUUGAAGGAUCUUCGUGUGGGUGUGCAUGGUAUUGAAUGAAGGAGAGAACUACUGAGUUAGGUGGAAACUUUGAAUGCUCCACCAUCAAUGGCCGAAACUGACAAAGCUCAUAACAAUUUUCAACAACUUUGUGAUUUGUUUUAUUUUAUUAAUUUAUUUAUUUUUGGCGAGUCCUUAUUUGUUUUUUUUUUAAAUAAAUUGUUUAUUAUGUUUAAUUGAAGAGGGAGUCAAGAAUGCACCAUAAGAGUCUUUAGUGUUGUG